UCAAAAUCCGAAGCUAAAAACAGAUAACACAAUCAGAUAACUGAAAGAAAAUUAAAAUACAUAUAUAUAUAUAUACACACAUAUUAAAUCUGUUGCAGAGAAGUUAUGGCGUGUGAUGAAGAUAUGAAAAUGGCGUCUUUCCUCAGAGAAGAAGAAGAACAGCACUACUCGUUAUCUCGACUCUCCGUCUGUUCCAACUACGACGGCGAUGAAGCCGACGGCGAACCGUCUGAUUCCGAGGAUAAAAUUAUCGGCGGAGGAGAGAAAUCGAUGGAGCAUCUAGAAUUUUCAGAUUCCGAUGAUAAAGGAUCAACAGGAUGUCAAUCGCUUCCGGCGACACCUCCGAGACGGAGAAGACGGCGAGGUACGUCGGUGAAUUCUCCGGUUUCCGGCGAUAAAGCUUACGCGAGCGAGAACGAAGCGCAAAAGGCGAAACAGGGGAAUAACAAUCAGAGGAGGAGGAUGAAAUUGCGACCGGAGUAUCCACCGUGGGUCGACAGUAUGCGGAGGAGCUACGGCGAAGAACAGAGCGGUUACGGCGGAGGAGUGGUGGUGGUGACGAGGCCGAUUGGAGGAGGAAGGCCGUUGUGUAUGGAUUUAGGAGAAGUCAAAGCUUGUAAAGAUUUAGGAUUUGAGCUUGAACCGGGUCGGGUCUCUUAUUCCGGGUCAACGAUGGAUACUAGUAGUGGCGGCAAUUCUCCCAUUUCUUCUAACCACCGUAUCUCCAGUCCCGGGGAUGAUCCAAAAGAAGUGAAAGCGAGGCUGAAGGCGUGGGCUCAUGCUGUGGCUUUUGUGUCUACUACUCAUCAUCAUCAACCUCCUAAUUCUUUAUGAUCCUUGUAUAAAUUUUUCAUCUCAGUAUUCUACUUCACAAACAAGAAAAAAAAAACUUGCAUGCAUU